AUUGAAAUCGCAUCAUAUGACCUUUUAAUAUGCAAACCAUCCAGGAAAUAGACCAUGUGACUCAAGCUGAGCCAAUGAGACUGACAGCUCUCCUGGUCACCUGUCAUAUGACUCGCGUUUUGACAGUUUCAGCGCUGGUUUACUGUCAUUUCAUUGUGCAGACCAGCAGUCCGACAGCUCUGAAACUGACUGAGGUGUGCAGUAGCAUGGCCCACACCGGCACACACUCUCAGCCCGUGCGGUCUUGUUUGCUCUUAGUAGUCGUCAGUGUGUGCGUGCAGCAGGUGCAUGGAGUCUGGCCGCUGCCGCAGCAGCUCCAUCAGUCCGCGGACCGGGGCUGUCUGAGUCCUCAGCGUUUCUCCUUCACUUACGGGAGGGACUCGGCCGCGCAGACUGGAUGCUCCGUCCUGGACGCUGCUUUCAAAAGAUACUUCUCCAUCAUAUUCCCUGACUUCACGAAAGGAUCAGAAAACAGGCUUCAGUACGUGUGGUCGGAGCCUCAACCCUUUGUCGUGUCAGUGAGUGUCAAAACCGGAGGAUGUGACGGCUACCCUGACGAAGAUUCAGAUGAGAGCUAUAACCUGAGUGUGUCCGAGGGCCAGGCUGUGCUGAGAUCAGUGACUGUAUGGGGUGCUCUGAGAGGUCUGGAGUCCUUCAGUCAGCUUGUGUACCAGGAUGAUUAUGGCUCUUAUUUUAUCAACAAGACAGAGAUUGUAGACUUCCCACGUUUUGCAUUCAGAGGGCUUUUACUGGACACUUCGAGGCAUUAUUUACCCCUUCAUGCUAUUUUGAAGACCCUGGAUGCUAUGGCCUACAGUAAAUUUAACGUCUUUCACUGGCACAUCGUGGAUGAUCCCUCUUUCCCGUAUCAGAGCCGCACCUUUCCAGACCUCAGUAAUAAGGGAGCUUUUCAUCCGUUCACUCACAUCUACACACAGUCAGAUGUGAUGAGGGUGAUAGAACAUGCCAGAAUGAGAGGCAUUAGAGUCGUUCCUGAGUUUGACUCUCCUGGACACACUCAGUCAUGGGGGAAAGGACAGCCAGGUCUCUUGACUCCCUGUUACAAGGGGGGUGUGCCCUCUGGUUCAUUCGGACCUGUCGAUCCAACGAUAGACACCACUUAUAAGUUCAUGGAAAGCCUCUUGAAAGAGGUGAAGUUUGUCUUUCCUGACUCUUAUGUUCAUUUAGGAGGGGAUGAGGUCAGUUUUUUUUGCUGGCAGUCGAAUCCCAAUGUGCGGAAGUUUAUGGAAAAGAUGGGCUUUGGGAAGGAUUUUACCAAACUGGAAUCAUUCUAUAUGGAGAGGUGAUGUUUUUUUUUUUUUAUUAUGUUUAAUGUGAAUGACGCUCUCAACAGAACCUCCAUAGUCUGGCAGGACGUGUUUGACUAUCAUGAGCGAAUUCCACAGGACACGGUUCUGGAGAUCUGGAAGGGUGAGAAAUACCAGGCUGAACUGAGCAGGAUGACCCAGGCCGGGCACAGGGUUCUGCUCUCUGCCCCCUGGUACAUCAACCACAUCAGCUACGGCCAGGACUGGCGUAACUCCUACGCGGUGCAGCCCCAGAAUUUCUCCGGGACGGAAGAGCAGAAGAAGUUGGUGAUUGGUGGAGAGGUCGCCAUGUGGGGUGAAUAUGUCGACGCCACCAAUCUAACCCCACGCCUGUGGCCUAGAGCCUGUGCUGCAGCGGAGAGGUUGUGGAGCAAUGAAGAAAAAACCCUGAACGCAGAUCUGGCCUUCCCUCGCCUGGAAGAGUUUCGCUGUGAACUUCUAAGGCGGGGUAUUCAAGCGGAGCCUCUGUUUGUUGGUCAUUGUAAACAUGAGUAUGAUGGCCUGUAAUCCACUGAAGAGCCUCUAAAACUGAAGAGCGAUGUGUUUAUGCACUGCGAUAUUGCUUUGGAAUUUGCACAGUACUCUCUAUAUAUUUUUUAAUUCUAACAAUUUUUUAAUGAUCAUGUAAACUGACUUUUACAAAAGGAAAUUUUAAAUUUAUUAAUAAAGAUCUAUUCAAGAAUGA